AGGUCUAGCUUACGCUAUGCUAGCUGCUGUGCCUCCCGUGUACGGCCUGUACACUUCUUUCUAUCCAGUCUUGCUGUACACAUUUUUCGGGACCUCCAGACACAAUUCCAUAGAUAAAAUCACAUAAAAGGCACUCAUGGCUGAUAAGAGGAGUUGGUCAGAGGGGACACUGGCCACAGCAGGUGUUAUGAACACAAAACCCCGUGGGCUUUAUGGAACUCAGGCUGUAGGCCGCUUGGCUCUGCGUGAGUCUGUAAAUCUGACACUGAUGGAUAGGGAAGAAAAGAAACAAAGCUAAGCUAAACAAGCGCUAACCCUGCUGUGCGUGAAAACAUGGCACUAGGUCACGGUUUCUGGAGGACCAGCUAUCGUGCUGUUCAUUCUCAGCCAAUGAUCCCACAUUCAGUAGAGGGAGACUAGUGGAGAUUCGUUAUCGGAAUUAUUCUGAGAUCUCCUGGUGCUUGUUUUUGAAGGUAUAUCAUAAAGGGAGCGUGACUGUUCAAGGCUUUGGCAUGCAAGUCUUAGACUGUGAUAGAUCUUUUGUGAGGUUUCUCUGCGGCGUCAUCCCCGUACCCAAGCAGAUGGUACAGCCGCUCUUUUCUUGUUCUAAGUUUUACAUUUUCGUUCUAGGAACUUUUGCUAUUUUUGCCCGACUGGUGUUUUUAAUGGGAUUUUCCACCGAUAGACGGCUAUUUUUCAUUGAAAGAUAUCGUUGAGGUAGAUGCUCGUGUUUCUCUCAAACUUGGCCUAUGGGUGAAAUUGAGGGCAAGUGUAGAAUUUACAGUUAAAAUAAACUGUAACUGUGGCCUAACUUUCCAGGAAUAUUUAAUCAUCCAGCAUUUGAGAAGCAUGUAGACAAGACGACUCUUCUGGGUUAAGUUUUUAGGUUUCAAAAUCUAAAGACAUUACACCUUGCUGGCUUGUCAUGUUUCAGUUUUGUUUGAGCAUGCAAUUGAGCUUCGUUCUGAGAUCGUGGAACCCAAACCGACCAUCCACUUCGGGGCUGGCUGUGUGACUGGGAUCGGCUUCUUUAAGAACUGAGUCGAACUGGAAACCUGAACAUUGAAAAACACAUUCCAGUCAGCCUUCCCUCAAAGCACCGAAAGUUCUUCAGCAGCACCAUAAAGAUCUUUUGAUUGUGAACCCCCCCCCCCACAUUUGGGCUAGGCUUAUAAAUGAAAGGAGAAUGCACCCAGCACUUAAUCUGUACGGGUGAAUGGAUUCGGCCAUCAUUUAGCUCUGAGAGAGGCAACAUCUCAGGGAGAACAUGCAGCAGAUUUGAAGAAGCGCUUACGAGAACCACUCUUGUACAGCUUUUAUAUCAUCACCCUAUUCUGCUCAGGGAAUCUCAAACACAUGGUGGAAGAUGUUCAACACUUUACCGUAUAAAAUAUCGUUAAAUGAAUACAGUGUCAUCAGUUUGUGUGUGUGUGUGUGUGUGUGUGUGUGUGCGUGCUUGGGUCAUCCCCCACACAACCGCACAGGAACCUUCGCUGUGGUCAGCCUCAUGGUUGGGGGCGUGGUGGUGCGGGAGGCGCCCGACAGCUUGUUCCUCAUGCAGCUGAAUGACACCAACGGCUCUGCGGUGCUCGAUGUGAACUCCCGGGAUGCCAGGAGAGUGCAGAUCGCGGUGGCCCUCACCUGCAUGGUGGGCGUCGUGCAGCUGAUCCUGGGCCUCCUGCAGUUCGGCUUUGUCGCCAUUUACCUGGCAGAGCCCCUUGUGCGUGGUUUCACCACAGCUGCCGCGGUCCACGUCUUUGUGUCGCAGCUGAAAUACCUGCUGGGCAUUCGGACCCCACGCUACAGUGGCCCACUGUCUGUGCUUUAUAGCCUCAUAGCCGUUCUGAAGGGGGUCCCCACCACAAACGUUGCCACCAUUAUUCUAGGGAUGGUGUGUAUCAUCUUUCUCUUCGUAGUGAAAAACCUCAAUGAACGUUUCAAGCAGAAGCUGCCGGUGCCCAUUCCUGGAGAAUUCAUCGUGGUUAUUGUCUCCACUGGGGUAUCAUAUGGGAUUCAGCUUUCAGAGAAAUUCGAGGUGGAUGUUGUCGGAAAGGUGCCUUCGGGUCUUCUUCCACCUGCUCUCCCCGAUUACUCCGUGUUUCCCGGAAUGAUCACCGAUUCCAUCGCCAUUGCAGUUGUGGCCUUUUCAGUGUCCAUCUCCCUUGCUAAGAUCCUUGCCCUCAAGCACGGUUACACUGUGGAUGGGAACCAGGAACUGAUUGCGCUGGGCACGUGCAACUUCAUCAGUUCCUUCUUCCAUUGUUUUACCGUCACCUCCUCCAUGUCUCGCACCUUGGUCCAGGAGGGUACAGGAGGGAAAACACAGAUUGCUGGCCUGCUGGCAUCCAUUGUGGUGCUGAUUGUGGUACUGGCCAUUGGCUUUGUCUUCCAGCCCUUGCCUCAGACUGCGCUGGCUGCCAUUGUCAUGGUGAACCUCAUGGGCAUGUUUAGGCAGCUGAGGGACAUUCCCAGCAUGUGGAGGACCAGCAGGAUCGAGCUGGCCAUUUGGGUGGUGGCUUUCAUCGCUUCCGUUCUGUUGGGGCUCGACUAUGGGCUGCUGGUAGCGUUGGGGUUUGCGAUCCUCACUGUCAUCUACAGAACACAGAGUCCAAAGAAAAUGAUUCUAGGGGAGAUUCCAGACACAGGAUUAUACUGUGAUGUUGAAGAGUAUGAAGAGGCCAGUGAAUACACUGGGAUUAAAAUAUUUCGUUUCAACAUGUCCAUCUACUUUGCAAACAGUGACCUCUAUGUAAAUGCCCUUAAAGAGAAGACCGGAAUAAACCCAACGCUACUGCUGGCUGCGCAGGCAUCGCGCCUAAAAAAAGCGAAGAAAGACAAAGCGAUGUGUGUCAAGGAAGGAAAGGCCCAGGCAGCCCCCGUGAAACGAGAGGCAUUAGUUAAACUGGAUAUGGAACAGGGUGUCACUCAGACAGUGGUGAGUGAGAUAGACUCACCAUCAAACUCUCAGGACAAAGUGCUGGGGAUGGAGCCCCUAUCGGAGUCAGACCCCGAUGACUCCCAGAACCUGUUAGAUUCUCCCGGCACCAUCCAUUCCAUAAUCCUUGACUUCACCCCAGUCAACUUCAUUGACUCUGUUGGAGCCAAAACUAUAAAAUCUGUGAUUAAAGAGUUUGGGGAAGUUGGCGUAAAGAUUUUCCUGGCAGGAUGCAGCAGUACCAUACUGGCUGAGCUGAAGCGUCUGCAAUUCUUUGAGGGAGCGAUGACUCCGGACCUCUUGUUUCCAUCCAUCCACGAUGCCAUGCUCCAUUGCCAGAAUCGUGUUAGACCCCAGCGUCCGUCGCAGCACUUCGUCAGCUAAUCACAGCUGAAAUCUUCGACAUCGUCUAUUUGUUUUUGCGUUUCUGUGUAGCUCAGGUACUUUCUACACCUCUCGUCACUUUACGGAAGAUGAACUAAGGAAAAGUGGGAUUUUUGAGUGGGGGGGGGGAAUCAUAGAAGCACUGAAAUGUUAACAGGCACGUUACUUUUUAGCCUCUUUUAAACUCUUGCACCUUUAUGAUAUGGGGAGAUUGUUUCUAUUUCUGUCGGGUGGGGUGGGGGGGGGAUGAUGACAAUGCAACAUAAAAUGUGAAAAUGAAGAAGUGCGGAAAAAAAUCACUCAGAGAUGAGCAGGGCCAAGGGAAAUGCUUAAUGAAAUGGAUCAUUUUAUUUCAUCGUAAUGUAGAGGCAGCGCUGUACAGGCAGUCCCUGGGACACGCACAACUUUGUGAUGUUUGUGAAAACACUGCAUAGCUUCAGCUGUUUGUCCGCUUGAGGUUCGGUACAGUACUGUAUGUAGUUACUUUCAUUAUUACUCUAUAAUUAUUUUUCCGACUUACCUACAAAUUCAACUUAUACAGACUUAGGGAACAGAACUCAUUCAUAACCUGGGGACUGCCUGUAAGCACUGUAAGUGGUUUUUAAGUGACCUAUAUAGACCCUUGUAUUUGUGAUUCAUCCAGAACCUACAGGAGAUGUUGUACCUUAAUCACAUCCGCCUGUCUUCCUUCACUUCCUAUCCAGUUCAUGGUUGAGGCGAGCUGAGAGCUUAUCCCUUAAAGUGUAGGGUAUGAAACAGAGGACAUCCUGGACAGGAUAUUAAUACAUCAUGCGACACACAGAGGUGAGAAGUUCAGGUCCAGAAAGCACAAAUCCAGACCAAGGUUUUGUUUCAACCAACCAGCUGAGUACUCUGUGACUGUGACUCUUUAUACUCGACUGGUUGGUUGAAGUAAACCUUGGUCUGGAUUUGUACUUUCUGGACCUGAACUUUCCACCUCUGCAUGCACACUCACACCUUAAGGGAAACACAAAGGCACCAAUCCUCCUAACCCCCUGUCUUUUGAACUGCGAGAGGGGACCCAUGCAAACAUGCGGAUGACAGAGCACUGCAGAAAGGAAUCGAAUCCACAAACCUAGAGGAGUGAGGCACUUACCUGUUUAUGCAGUGCGCUACCCAAAGAUUAGCACUUACUGUAAAGUUAAUGGUGCUUUAGACCCUUUGAAAAUUGGAUGUGACAGGGCCAAUGUUAUUUGCUUAAAUUUUUCUGUUUUUAUCUGUUGAAACUGUGUGGGGACACUGUAUGUAGAGUAUCUCAGUACCGUGUCUGAAUGUAUUGUAGCUAGUGCCUUAUUUUUACAGAAAUAAAGUGAGUUUCAUUUCUUAUUAUUUCCCUGUGGGGCACUGACAUCACUCCAGUAAUACUGUAAAAAGACUAUAUUGUUAUUAUGUCAUCAAACCCUGUAUCAGGUAUAUAAAUGGUCUUUAUAAUUAUAAUGAUAUAUUUUAACAUUGUUAUAAAUCCUACUAAUUCAGAAUUUAUAAGAAUAAUGAGAUAAGGGUAUGAAAUGCAAGUAUAUAUUUAGAACUACUUGAAUGAAUUUGAUUGUUGUAAUGUUGAUUAAUGGAUACUCAAGUGUGGAAAACACACAAAAACGACAGUACUGAAAUUAUUUUAAUGUACCAAAGUAUGUGACAAAAUCACCUUGGCAGUUAAGUCUCAUUAAAAGUUUUGCCAUAUUUUCAAUUACUGCGCCGUUCCACUAUGCAUGCUUACUUUUUGGAAUUAUUUUUUGAACUGUUUUUGUACAAGAAGAAUGGUUAAGUUUUUUCCAAAGAAAUGUACAAUGCAAAUACUGGAUUUUGAAGUACAUCUGUGAAAUAAACCUUAAAUAUAGUC